AUGGUUCUUCAAUUAUAUCUUGAUUGGUUAUCCGAACCUUGUCGUGCCGUGGCUAUUUUACUGUUGGAGAACAACAUUGAACAUCAAGUUCAUGAACUGAGUGUUAUUAAAGGAGAAACGCACAGUGAUGCUUACAAACAGAUUAAUCCGGUUGGAAAAGUUCCAGCACUUGUUGAUGAUGGUUUCAACUUGAGCGAGUCUCAUACAAUUAUGCGUUAUUUAUGUGUAAGCAGAAAUUUUCCCGAUCAUUAUUAUCCAAAUGAUAUUAAACAACGUGCUAGAGUCGAUUCUUGGUUGGACUGGCAUCAUACGAAUUUACGUCAAGGAGCAAUUCGGUUAAUAAAAGCAAAUAUAUAUGGUCCUAUUAAAAACCUUUCACAAGUAACAAUUGAUGAAUCACGAAAAGAAGGUGAUAAUAUAUUAAAAUCAAGUUUAAGCUUCAUGGAAGAAACCCUCAGUAAAAAUAAUUACAUUGCUGGUGGAGAUCAAUUUUCAAUCGCUGAUAUCGCAUUAGCAUGUGAAGUGGCAAUGUUGCCAGUUUUUGGAGGUUCAUCUGAAGGUUAUCCCAACGUUCAAGCUUGGUUAAAAAGACUUUCAACAGAAAUCAAAACCUGGGAUCAAGCUAAUGCGAAAUUAAAUCAAUACCUUGCUUCGAAGAAGAAAUAA